CACACACACGGCGUGAAGCAAUGACCCAGAGCAUCUUGGGAUAUGAGGCAUAUUUCUGGUGAACGACAUUGACAGUAGAGGUGUGAGGUGAUGGGAGACACUAUAUCCAGCCCUACCGGCACCGUGAAGGCAGAGGGCAUCAUGGUGCCACCAAAGGGCUGUCCUAUGCAUCAAGAUGUUACUAAAAGUGCCCCUCCGCCAGAAUGUCCAAUGCAUCAGGUGUCUGCUCCUUCUAGCGAUCAGCUUGAGAAAGCGCCUGAUGUACCGACACAUCAGGCCAGGGCUUAUGAAUUUGUAGAGUGCCCUAUGAGAGCUGCUGACAGGGCUAAACCCACGAUGUCUGACAUUAAUCCAGCAAACAUGAUGCCACCUCCUAACCAGCAACCUACACCUGGUCAACCGUUUCCCCUGUCUGUUAAAAGAGAGGAAUCUACCAUCCCUCGUGGUGGGUCUGAUCAGAACUGGGUUUAUCCCUCAGAGCAGAUGUUCUGGAAUGCCAUGCUGAGAAAAGGAUGGCGCUGGAACAAAGAUGAUAUCAAAGAAAAAGAUAUGACAAACAUCAUCAGGAUUCACAACCAGAAUAAUGAGCAUGCCUGGCAGGAAAUCCUGAGAUGGGAAAAGCUCCAUUCCAAAGAAUGUCCAUGUGGACCUUCUCUUCUAAGGUUUGGUGGCAAAGCAAAAGACUUUUCACCCAGAGCCAGAUUUCGCCACUGGAUGGGGCAUGAGCUACCGUUUGACAGGCAUGACUGGAUUAUUGACCGGUGUGGAAAAGAUGUCAGAUAUGUGAUAGACUACUACGAUGGAGGCCAGGUGUCUAAGCAUACCAUCCUUGACGUGCGUCCUGCCUUCGAUUCCUUAGGAGCCGUUUGGGACCGGAUGAAAGUGGCCUGGUGGCGUUGGACCUCCACAUGAAUAUUCUCCACACUGAGUCUUGACUCUUGUGUGAUCUAUUCUAUAGGAUAUAAAAGAACUCAUAUUUAUAUAACAUUUUUUUUUUUUGUGCAAAUGGAAUCAGAUUGACCUCCUUAUUUUUCUGUCAUAAAUUUGUUAUGAUAUGUGCGAAGAAUGCUACAGUGGCACUGUGUGGGUUUGCAGACAUACGGUAUCAUACAUUGUACUUUGUUAUUCUAAUUAAAGAGGAUAUAGCAAAAAAAAAGUAGUCUGGCAUUCUGGCGUGCAAAUAUUCUGUUUUAUGAAUAAUAAAACCAGCUACUGUGUAAAUACUCUGAUACAUACCUUGUAGUUCUUCUUCAUUUACUGAUGUUUUCUUGCUUAUCAAUUGUAUUUAUUUCUGCCAUAAAGUCAGUUAUUAAAGGAAUCUAUUAUAAUGUUAAUUGAAA